AAAAAAGACAUUUCUUCCUGUUUUUCUAAUUUCAAAAAUAACAUAGUUAUUGAAAAAUCGUUCUAACUGGCCAUCCAGCACUGGUGAGAAGACCUCAAAAUAAUGUGGAGAGCCAUAGUACUAAUACUAAAUGCUGCAAGCGUCGCCUGUCUGUUGGGGAGCGAUUUCUUCUCCCUGUCCCCGUUUGAACAGCGUGCAUUCGAAGGUGUACCCGGGAUCCCAGCAGAACAGCUCUAUAAAAUGGCAGAUGGCUCAGUAUCUGAUGCAAUCAAACUGAAGGCCAGGCUUUCCCUGUCCGGUGGGGCAGCUCCAGUUCCCGUUGUCGUCUCCGGGGGUGGAUCUCCGGGCGCCCCUGCCUCUGUCCCGGUCAACCACGGCGGCAGUCUCUCGACCGUUUCGGGAGGAUCGCCUGGACGGAUUCCCUCCUACUACUCCCUGUUCCGGCCAGGCCCGUCAUUCGGGGGACUACAGUUGGCCUACAUCCACCCCGGGUACCCCCACACGGGUCUCCACCACAACCUGGCUACCAUGGCUUUGAUUGAUUAACCCACUGUAGAGCUUGAAGGUUGAAAAUGUAAAUGUUCCUGUAGAUUUCAAGUAAAUAAACAUGUUUUAGCCAGAC